AUGGCUCCCAAGCGCCCCGCCGAUGCCGGCCCGGCAGACGGCGAGAAGCGUCCGCGCCUCUCGGGUCCCGGUGCCGAGCCCGCCGCUCCUGCUGCGGCGCCGCGCAGUGCCGCCGCCAUCCAGGCGCAGAUCGACGCUGCGCGCGCCAAGAUUGCAGCGCAGAUGGCCGCUCGCGCCGGCGGCGGCGCAGCUCCAGCACCAGCCGCUCCUACGCCCGCCGCAAGCGCACCCAAGGCACCGCCGCCGGCUGCCGCACGGCUGCCGGCGCGACCGACCGGAGCGCCAGCGGGCCUGGACAUGGCCGCCAUCCAGGCGCGCAUCAAUGCGGCCAGGCAAAGCCUGAGCGCCAGGAAUGCAGACGCCGGGUCUUCUGGGUCAGGCAGCGGCAUCCACCCGCUCUUGCUGCCGAGUGCGAACAAGGGCAUUGCGGCGCCGGCGGCCUCGUCGCACAACAAGCGCGGGCGGCCAGUCUCGGGCGCAUACGCUCCCAAGUUUCCGUCUCUCGCUGCGAACGCUCGCACUGCUACGCCCGCGCCUGUGGCGCCGCCGGUGGAGCAGGUCAACCCGUACCUGGCCGCCUCGGAAGCAGCGGCAGAGGCAGGCUCGUCUGCGCCCGGACCCAAGGCCAGGACAACGCAUAAGCCUCUGACGUUCCACAAGCCAGGCCGGCACGUGCGCGAGGCCGAGCAGCUGCGGCGCGAGCAGAAGAUGGAGGAGCUCAAGAAGCGCAUCGCUGAUGCGGCACGAAAGGCAGGCCUGGAGGAGACGGGCUCGGAGGAGAAGCUGCUGAGGCGACAACCGCCGCCGGACGUUGAGUGGUGGGACCAGGCUCUGCUGCCAAGCUCCUCGUACGACAGCGUGCCUGAGGACUUCGCCGAGAGCAGCACUGCCAAGGGCAAGGAGGCUGUCCCGCCCGGCGGUCCUCUCAUCAUGGGCGAAGGCUCGCCCAUCGACUCGUACAUCCAGCACCCGAUUCCGAUCCCCGCGCCGAGCGACAAGAUCCGCGUCGAGCCGCGCGGCGUCAUGCUCACGAAGAAGGAGAUGCGCAAGAUGCGCAGGCAGCGUCGUGCAGCUGAGCUGCAGGACAAGCGCGACCGCAUCAAAAUGGGUCUGCUGCCGCCCGAGGCGCCAAAGGUCAAGCUGUCGAAUUUGAUGCGUGUCUUGACGUCCGAGGCCGUCGCCGACCCGACGAAGGUCGAGGCUCGCGUACGCCGCGAGGUCGCAGCACGACGCGAGCAGCACGAGCGGACGAAUCUGGAGCGCAAGCUCACGCCGGAUCAGAUCAAGGCGAAGCAGGCCGCCAAGAUGGAGAAGGACGAAGCCAAGGGCGUGCACUGCAGCGUGUACCGCAUCAAGCACCUCGCCUCGCCGUCGCAUCGCUUCAAGGUGCGCAAGAACGCGCAGCAGCACGGCCUCACGGGUCUGUGCAUCUACCACCCGUCCUUUGCGCUCGUCGUCGUCGAGGGCCCGGCCAAGGCGAUCAAGGACUACCGUCGCCUCAUGACGGUGCGCAUCAACUGGCAGGACCCUGGCCGGCCGCGCGACUCUGCGGCGGACGACGACGAUGCCGACGACGGCGACGGUGCUGGCCCCAGCAACGGCGCUGCUGCCGGCCGCGAGGCGGAGCGGGCGCAGCAGCAGGCCGAGCUGGCCGACAUCGACUGGAGCAGCAACACGUGCGAGCUCAUCUUCGAGGGCCCGCUGCGCGAGCGCAUGAUCAGCAAGGGCUUCAUCAUCCGCAACUGCGAGUCGGACGCCGAGGCGCGCAAGGCGCUCGGCCCGCGCAUGGAGGGCUACCUCUCGCUUGCGAAGCGCGUCACACAGGCGUCGGAGGAUGUGUGA